UCCGGCCGCGGCUCUCCCUGGGCCGGAGGCCGCGGAACGGCGGCGGCGGUGCCGGCGUUGCCGCAGGGGCGCUGUUGGGACGGACCCUGCCGGCUGCGGAGCCGCCAUGGCCGCUUUGCCCCGCGUCCUCAACGUUAACGUGGGCGUCCUGGGCCACAUCGACAGCGGCAAGACGGCGCUGGCCAGGGCGCUCAGCACCACCGGCUCCACCGCCGCCUUCGACCGGGCUCCGCAGAGCCGGGCGCGGGGCAUCACGUUGGAUCUGGGCUUCUCCUGCUUUCGCACCGCCCUGCCUCCUCAGCUCGGCCCGGGGCCCGGAGAGCUCCAGUUCACCCUGGUCGACUGCCCGGGGCACGCCUCCCUCAUCCGCACCAUCAUCGGCGGUGCCCAGAUUAUUGAUUUGAUGAUGCUCGUAAUCGAUGUGACAAAAGGGAUGCAGACGCAGUCAGCAGAGUGCUUGGUAAUUGGGCAAAUUGCCUGCCAGAAGAUGGUGGUAGUUCUGAACAAAAUAGAUCUCCUUCCAGAGGGGAAGAGACAAAGUGCCAUUGAGAAGAUGACGAAGAAAAUGCAGAAGACCUUGGAAAAUACAAAGUUCUGUGGGUGUCCUAUCGUUGCUGUUGCAGCAAAGCCUGGCGGACCAGAAGCCCCAGAGUCUGAGAAUCCACUAGGUGUUUCUGAAUUAAUUGAGGUCCUGAAGUCUCAGGCUUACCUGCCAUCAAGAGACCCCUCGGGAAACUUCCUUAUGGCAGUCGACCACUGUUUCUCUAUCAAGGGUCAAGGCACGGUGAUGACAGGGACUAUUCUUUCUGGCUCUGUUAGCCUUGGUGACAAUGUGGAGAUUCCUGCCCUGAAGGUGACAAAGAAAGUCAAGUCUAUGCAGAUGUUCCACACUCCUGUGACUUACGCUAUGCAGGGUGACAGAGUAGGCAUCUGUGUGACCCAGUUUGAUCCCAAGCUACUGGAACGAGGGCUGGUUUGUACCCCAGAAUCACUUCACACCAUCCAUGCUGCAAUAAUUUCCCUGAAGAAAAUCCAGUAUUUUCGAGGAGCUCUUCAGACCAAGGCUAAGUUCCAUAUCACUGUUGGUCAUGAAACAGUCAUGGGAAGAGUGAUGUUUUUCAGUCCAGCUCCUGCUGACUUCAAUGAAGAAAUUCAAGAGAAUGCUUUUGAUUUUGAAAAAGAUUAUCUUUAUCAAGAGAAGUAUUUGUCCAAGGACUCAAAAUCUUCAGAGGAGAACAAAGAAAAUGACCAAUCUGGAGAAGUCCAGCUACCAAGACAACAGUGGGCUUUGCUGGAGUUUGAAAAACCCGUCACCUGCCCUAAACUGUGCCUUGUGAUCGGCUCCAAGCUGGAUACAGAUAUUCACGCAAACACCUGCAGAUUGGCAUUCCAUGGGGUACUGCUUCAAGGCAUGGAAGACAAGAACUACAUAGAGACUUUCCUUCCAAAGCUGAAAGUGUACAAGCUGAAGCACAAAGAAGGACAAGUGGAAAGGGUCAUGGAUGAUUACAGCGUGAUUGGUCGUUCGUUGUUUAAAAAGGAAACGAACAUCCAGAUUUUCGUGGGCCUAAAAGUCAAACUGUCUACAGGAGAAGAUGGACUAAUAGACAGCGGUUUUGGACAAAGUGGCAAAUUUAAAAUCCGAAUUCCAGAUGGGCUGAAGCCAGAAACCAAGACGCUUCUCACUGCUGCCUCCAAGAAAAAAUCUAAGGCAGGGAAGGGAGAUGCAAACAAAGAGGACGAAAGCAGCAAGAAUGAUUCAGCCCAACCUGUUACCAUCACUCUUCUCUUUAAAAGAUACGUCUUUGACACGCAGAAGAAAAUGAUUCAAUCCUGAGAAAGCAAAGAGGCCUCUGAUCGCACUGGAAAGCCCAGACUCUGAAUGAAUUCAGGUGGAAUGUGUUUCUUGCCCGAAUGCAUUAGACCUGUUCCUUUCUCGCAGGCUGAGCCUGGAAGCUCCUGCUGACUACGUGCCACCUGAAAUCUCUGCAGUCUGGUUUUAUUCUGUUAGAAGGUGCUUACCUUGUCAUCUUUGCAAUGUGAAUCUUUACAGCCUCUUGGAGAGUGUCACGUGCUGAAUGGGGGCAUUUGGGUGUGCGCUCUGAUAGUGGUGUUCUUCUGGAGAAUUGUUUCACGUAAUAUAAGUUUGCCACCGAUAUUGAUUUAAGUGCAGUCAAGAUGUGCAUUUCAUGUGAUCUACAAAGUGAAGCUGAUUUGUUUAAGUUUACUUCCCAAGCAAAGUAUGGGACAAAAAGCACACAAUAAUAGGUGAAACCUUAAAUGAAUAUUUCACAUUCCUUCAGCUGUGACUAUGUAAGAUGCUAUCUAAGAGGUGGUAUGGAUCUUUGUUAUAAAUGAUUUCUAUCUAGAAAUGUUUUUCAUAUUAAACAUAAUGAUGCGUGUAACUGAGAGUCUUAAUUGUUCUGUUUGCUGUUCCAAAGUUUCAGAACCUAUCUUUGGUAACAUUUAAUAUAGCUUUUCUGAAUUUCCUGCUGGUUCUGUGUUGAAUCCUAUUCCAGAAUUGUUUUCUUUUUUUUUUUUGUAACCGAAAUGCCUUUUGUGUUUGAAAGAAAAAGUUGCCUCUGGAAAUAGAGGCUUUAUUUCAUUAAAAUAAUGAUAGAAGAUUGCAGCAUAAGCCUUGUAAAA